UGGUACUGUUUGAACGUUUGUCAGUUUUGAUUUUGAAAGUAAACAGCGAUUUAAAAACUGCUGAUUGGCUUUAGAAAAACGUGUUUAUGUAUAUUGAACGAUAAUUGAAUCCUAAUAUUGAUUACGAAAGAGUAGUUUUUAACAACUAAUUUCGUUUUGAUCAUCUGUUCAAUUAUGGGCAAUUAUGCGAGCAAGUUGUUAUUUUAUACCAAUGAAAACCGAAAAGAAAGCACUGACCCUUCAGUAAUUGCGCAGCAAGCAACUGUAGAAGAUGUUAGUAUGAAUACACCAAUAUUAUUUGAAAGAAAAGUGUUAGUUGAUCCACGUUCAGUCUCUGCAGGGAUUAAAAGAACUCCUAUUGAAGUCAAAGAUACCCUAGUUGGAGUGACUAAACAAGCGCCUAGUGCAAUCCCAAAAUAUUUGCAGAAGAAACAAUAUCUCGAAACUAAUAUGGAUAUGGUAAUGCCACCACUAACACCAAAGAAACGUUUUAUACUAAAAUCAGUAGGUAGUGAUCAGCAAUCUGAAUCGGAUGACGCACAGGAUUAUUCAACACCAAAUGCUAAUAUUAUAAAAAAUUUGAAAACAGUUUCGUCGAUAGAUGAGGAACGUUUUAUUGUUUUGGGAUUGGAUCCUAGAUCUCCAGCAGCAGAUUUUGACAGAACACCUAUUUUAAUGCCAAGGUCCCUUGCAUUAAUCAAGGCACGGUCGCAAGAAAGUUUGAGUCGUAGAGGCAGUUAUGAAACAGAUAUUUACAAUCCGAAAGACUCUUGUCAGGGAAUAGAAGUAUCACUUAGUAUUCCAAAAAUGGAAUUGUCAUCUGAUACUAUCUCAAAAAAUCUAAAAACAUUAGACAUUACGGAGAAGCAAGAAGAAAUAGCUAGCACAUUCCAGAAUGAUUCUGAUUUAAGCAUUUCUAAAAGUGAAACGGAAAUCACAGUUAUUAAAAAUCCGAAAUAUGCAAAUGAGAAAAAAAAAUCGUUGAUCUCGGACGAACAGACAGUUGCAACCGGUAGCGAGGAAAGUAAAGAUGAGACAGAAAAGCAAGAUAAUAACAAAAUUGAAUCUAACAUGAAGACAAAAUAUGACGAUAAGAUUGAGUUGUAUGACCCAUCAUCGGGGGAGGAGGAGGAAAGUGUAUCAGGUAAGGAGGAUAAGAAAGAAUUACCACAAGAAAAAAUUUCGAGAGAAGAUAUAAUUAUAACGUUUGAUGAAUGUACUACGAUUAGUACUCCUUUAACAAAGCAAAUAAAGAUAAAAACGGAAUCGGAGAAAGGAAUAUACAGAAGAAAAAGAAAGAAGAAUGCCAAAACAGAUGUCAAACUUAUGCUAAAUGAAAAAAUAGUUGUUACUCCUGAAAACAAACGGGGGAUUGAAAUGCGUGAGAAUCGCACACCUCUUGGCAAUCGAUCUAAUAAUAGUCAAAUACAAAAGAAGCCGCAAGAAUGUUUGAGAAACAAGCCUGCAUCUACUAGAACACAGCAAGAGAAUACUCCGCCGUAUCAGAUGUAUGUGAAAACUAGAAAUGGGAAUCAAUGGGAUCCGAAUUCCACAAUUUUUAUUUAAAUAUAUUCAAAUUAGCCAAUUUAUUUUAAGAUAAGGAUAGGAUAGAAAGGGCAAUAAUGGCAUUCAUCUUAGCUUAUUAAUUGCAAAUAAAAUGUCAUUUAAUUUUCGUAUUAAAAU